GUUGCCGAUCAGAUUGAAGUAGGUGGUGUGAGCCUCAGAGAACGUCAGGGAGCCGUGUGAAUGUGUGGGCAAUAAAGAGAGAGAGAUUUCAAUGAUGAAAACUGAGCAGUUUAACAGGCUAGCAUUAUCUAUGACCUGCUGCUGAAGAAAGCCAAAGACGUCGUCACUGAGACCCUUCCAUGCAAAACUCCUGCAAGGCCAGAAGGACAAUGGUUCCUGAAGAAAAUAAACUCUGAGUUUUGCUCAACUAUGGGUGUUAGAGGUUUGCACUGGUUUGUGACCAAUGCCUGCCAAGAUGUCUGCUCAGUAGUCAAUCUGGAAGACAUGGCAAAAAGCCACCGCAGCAGGUAUCCAGGAUCCGUUCCUGUUCUUGUGGUAGAUGCCAUGUCUUGCCUUCGACAGUGGUACACACCUGAAUUUUGGGUCUGUGGCGGCCAGUGGCGUGAAUAUCUUUCUAACUUGGACAGUUUCAUAAAUACUUUCACAACUGCUGGUAUCAAACUGGUAUUCUACUUUGAUGGGCUGGUAGAGCAGAAGAAACGCAAUGAAUGGGUGAAACGAAGACUGAAAAAUAACAAAGAAAUAGCCAGGAUUUUCCAGUUCAUCAAGACCAAUAAACAACAACCUGGGAGAAACAUGUUCUUUAUUCCCUCUGGGUUGGCUACUUUUACUCGCUUUUCUUUGAAGAUCCUCGGUCAAGAGACAGUAAACUCACUGCAAGAGGCCGACUAUGAAGUGGCCUCUUACGGCUUGCAAAACAAUUGUAUGGGGAUUCUUGGGGAGGACACCGACUACCUGAUUUAUGAUACCUGUCCCUAUUUUUCUAUCAAUCAUCUUUGCUUGGCAAAGCUGGAAACUAUCAUGUUCUCGAGGCAGAAUCUUUGCAGCAAAUUGGGUCUCCAUGUAACCGAACUCCCCCUUUUUGCUUGCCUCCUCGGCACUGAUAUUGUUCCAGAAAGGGCCACGGAAAGACUUCGAAAUCAGUGCCAGGCUUCAUAUUGCUCCAAAAACCAGUGCUCUGAUAAAAGGAUUAACAUGAUUCUAGCAGUGGCAAAUUAUAUUUCAGCUCUUCCACGUUCGUAUGAUAGUUUGAUGGCUUUGGCAGAAAUGUUGCCUUUGGGAUCAGACAAGUCUGUGCUUCUCAGAGGAAUAGAGUCUUAUAUUCUGCCUGGGCAGCAGUCUCCUUGGCUCCCUCCUGAUUUCUCACAGCACUCAGAAACAUCUCUUAAAAAUGUGCCCUUAUGUUUAGAUCAGGAAAUUUUCCAGAUAGCAAAAGAACAGCAUGUGAGAGGUGAAAGCCAUAUGGUGUACAAUGUCCUGAAGGCUGGAGAGGUUGACUGUAGCAACACGUUGGAGGAUGAGCGUGAUGGAGAGAUUCCUGGACAGGCACUUGUCUAUUUCCCUGCACGUCAGCAUAUAUAUUCUAUCUUACUGGAAUCAGUCAAAGAUGCCAACCCUGUAGUAAAAGAGUGGUUUGUGUAUCCUGGGAAUUCCUUGCAGCAACCGGAACUGGUUCAACCCAAGCAGCUCCCAGGUGGCACGCCGAGUUUGAGAUCACUGUGGCUUGUUGGAGGGCCAGAGGUUGAAAAGCGUCGCCAAGUCACAUUUCUGGCCUGCUUUCGUCUAGAGGAUAUGGCAGAAGACCUCCAGGCCCUGGAGGCUCCCAUCAGGGCUCUCUGCUCCUUGUUAAUCUACCUUGUUCUGAAAGUGGACAGCCUCUCUUUGGAAGACUUGAAUGCAUUUAUUGCUCAAGCUGUGUGCCUCCAGGGAAAAUCAGCUGCUCAGCUUGCAGGUUUGCAGCUUGGCGAGAUUGAUUCAAGAGCUGUACAUCUUGGCUCUCUUUUCAUCCGGGGUCUCGGUGUAUUGAUGAUGGCCAAUAGUACCUGUGGCUUCCCCUUUAGAAUGGAAGAUUUAAUGCCGUGGCAUAUAUUUGAUGGGAAACUUUUCCAAGAGAAAUACCAGCAGGCUCACAGAGGGUACCCUUUAAAGGAGCUUUUGGAAGUUAAUGAAUCUUGGAUCGCAAAGUUUCAGAAUCUGACGUCCCUUAUUUGCAAAACAUGUUCUGUGAGAGGUAGAAAAAUCCAAAGCAAACAGCGACUGACUAGCUUUAUGACAGAGAAGCAAGAAAGAGGUGGAGGUUCUCGCUUUCAGAACCCAAGCAGAGCUUGGUCUCAUCCUUAUCCUUACCAUCAUCACGACAGGGAAGGCUCAUGGAGGGGACCUCAGCCACCUGGUUAUUCAUCUGGAUGCCAGCCUCCAGGUCCAGAAUAUAGGCCAAGACACCAACCUCUAAGGGGACAAAGAUUCUGCCUAGCUCCUCGUUUAUUUGUAUUUUUAGAUGGCCCAGGUGACUCUCCUCCUCAUUGGAAUGGAGUAAAAAGCAUAUGUGCAUACAAGGAACUCUGUUAAUUUACAAGAAAUUAAUAUUUAACAUUAAUUUGCUAGUUUAUAUUGUGGAAAGAGCAAUUAGGCACAAUCAAGCUUUAAAAACAAUGGGCUAUGGAAUACGUCUUGCCUUAACUUUUACAAGCCAGUGGAUAUAUGGUGCUAUUGUGGACAGUGUGUCAAACUAGGACUCAGGAGACCAGGGUUCAAAUCCCCAGUAAGCCAUGGAAAUUCACUGGUGUGUUUGUGUGUCUCUAGUAAAACCACUCUUUCAAUAUUGUACAUCUUUAUGUUUGAUCCCAGUCAAGUAACUUGGCUGCCGGUAAUAACACCAAGAAAACUCAUAAGCUGCUGAUAUUCUUAUGAGUAUAUUGCAGUAUUGUGGAUUAGAAUGUAGUCCCUGAAGACAUGUACAAGUUUUAGUCCAACAUUAUUGAGUAUUGUCACUAAUAAAGCAGAAAAUAUUUGAAUGCAUUUGUGGUUAACACAUAAGAAAUAGGCUAAGCUACAAAGACUGAAAAGACAGUUCCAUAUGGGUUUAGUCAACAAAACAAUAAUAGUGAGCAAAGCCAAAACAUACCGUGCUGGAAGGAAAAAUGUUAGAAUUGCACAAAAACUGUCAUUAUUUUCGUAGAUAUUUAAUAGAUAGUCGAUCUGUUCUAGUGAUUUUGCGUGAACAAUAAAUAUGGGUUUUAUUAAAUUGAA